CACAUUUCACAGAAUUCCCGGACAUGUUCAUACAAGUAGACUAGUCUCCAAGGUCAGUCGACGAAGCCAAUCAGGAUAAAAAAUUUUUAGGAGACAUGCAAAUGGAUGCAGCUCGCCAUCUAGCUGGAGCCUGGAGCUGGACCCCAUAAAUAGUGCUUGGACCAAGCUGCUGCUUCUCAUCUUCUUCUUCCUUGCAACACGGAGAGGCUAGCCGCUGCUGCUGCUGCUACAGGCACAGAUGGCGGGAGCUGAGCUUGCAAACGGCCUGCACGAGAGCACCGUGGCUAUGGAGGAAGGCAGAGGAGGAGGGGAUGAAGCAUGCCGUGAGAGCUCGGAGCAGGAUGGAGCCGGCAGCCGCCCCAUGUUCUCCGUCCCGUUCGUGCAGAAGAUCAUCGCCGAGAUCUUCGGGACCUACUUCCUGAUCUUCGCCGGGUGCGCGGCGGUGGCGGUGAACCUGCGCACGGGCGGCACGGUGACGUUCCCGGGCAUCUGCAUCGUCUGGGGCCUCGCCGUCAUGGUGAUGGUCUACUCCGUCGGCCACAUCUCCGGCGCGCACCUCAACCCGGCCGUCUCCGUCGCCUUCGCCACCUGCGGCCGCUUCCCGUGGAGGCAGGUGCCGGCGUACGCGGCGGCGCAGGUCAUGGGCUCGACGGCGGCCAGCCUGACGCUGCGGCUGCUGUUCGGGAACGCGCGGGAGCACUUCUUCGGGACGGUGCCGGCGGGGUCCGACGUGCAGUCGCUCGUCAUCGAGCUCAUCAUCUCCUUCAACCUCAUGUUCGUCGUCUCCGGCGUCGCCACGGACAACAGAGCCAUUGGAGAACUCGCUGGCCUUGCUAUUGGAGCUACCGUCCUGCUAAACGUCCUCUUUGCAGGGCCUAUAUCAGGAGCGUCCAUGAACCCGGCGAGGACCCUGGGCCCGGCGAUCGUCGCCGGCCGCUACGCCGGCAUCUGGGUGUACUUCGCCGGGCCCAUCUUGGGGACGGUGGCCGGCGCGUGGGCCUACAACCUCAUCCGCUUCACCGACAAGCCCCUGCGAGAGAUCACCCAGACCUCCUCCUUCUUGCGAAGUGCGAGGAGGAACUAGCUUUGCUAGCUAGCAGCCCAAAACUCUGAAUGUAGAUGCAGUUAACAGUGUGUAAUUGUCUUGUAGUGUUUACAUACGGUAUGUGCUUGUCUUGUUAGUUUAACCUCUGCAAGAUUUGGUCACCUAACUGAGGUAAAUUUUCAGCAAACUUUCAGACCAAAGGAAAAAAAAAUCACCUGCUAUGCUCUGGAAUCUGUAUGUACAGGUUGUACACCACAUGCAGACGCGAUCGGGUUCACACAUCACAUCAGGGGAUUGUGUUCCCAUGUCAGAACGUCACAUCCUGAUUCUUGGGAGGGCGACUCAUAUGGACUUGUAAACUCUAGCUGUAUGCAUCACCACAGGAUGAUUUGGUCAAA